AUGUCUGAAACCCCAGCGGAGGUUUGCUUGGUUCGCUGUCCUAAAUGUGAAAGUCUGCUGCCUGAAGUUACUGAUUACUCUGUUUAUCAGUGUGGUGGUUGUGGCGCUAUUCUUCGUGCAAGCCGUAAACCCAUCCACUCAGCAAAAGUUUCUAAUGAAGAAAACGAUGGGGUUUCAAACAAUAAGUCUAAAGAAUUACAAAAUGUCAAUUUCUCGAGUCAGAAAACAAAGAAUUUAAGUUUAGACUUCAAUCAAGAUGAUCUUAGAUGUAACGAGAGCAUGCAGAUUGAUCAAAAGAUGGAGAAUUUGAACAUAAAUGGUGAAUCGGGAAACUUGGAACCCCAAAUAAACACUUCACGAAGACCUUUUCAGUCCUCGAUUAACCAAGAUGAAAUCUUACGGAAAUUAGACGAACUUAAGGAUCAAAUUGUUCAGGCUAAAGAAAAAACUUCAUUUUCUAACAAUCUUAUUAGAUCACGACCUCCAAUUCCAUCCCCAUAUCAACAUCCUUACUUUUCCAGUCAAUAUGUUACUAAAUAUUCGGAUACUCGUAUGCAAUUUCACCAUCCUUUAUGUUCUUGUCUGAUUUGCUACACCAAUCACCACCGUCCCCGCCCUCCACCACCACUUCACUACCGCCAUGACUAUCGAAAACCCUACACACAGUGGUCAGGUAACCUUCAUCGUCCCCGGAGACGGAUUUUAGCUGCCGGAGGGAGGCGGUGCCGCCUGGUAGCUGGCGGCUCUCCGUUUAUAGCUUGUUGCAAUUGUUUUGAAUUGCUUGAAAUACCCACGAAAAGCUAUGGAAAAACUCUAAAGAAAUUGAGAUGUGCAACGUGCUCUCAAGUGAUCUUGAUUUCUGUUGUCGACAAGAAGCUCGUUAGCAACCCUGAGAAGAUCGGUGGUAAAAUUAACAAAGAAAAUAUGCAUAAAUGGCGUGUCAAUACCAUGGAGUUUUCAUCCAAUGAUUUUGAUGUUUCGGGUGAUUUUGAUUUCAAAUGGUUAGAUAGAAGUUUAUCUUCACCACCUUCCGAAUCUUCACUUGAAGAUCAUUUUGAUUAUUCAGCAUCGGUUUCCCGCCAAAGCUCCAUGAAAGAUGUUGCCACUGAGAUCAGGAUUUCGUCAAACGAGUAUAGUGUUAACAAUGGUACAUCUCAAGAAUCUUUGGAUCAACAAGAUGAUACAGGAGGACAUGAAUCUUUCUUGUUGGGUAUGAUCAAGAAAAGCUUCAAGCUUUCAAGAUCUAAUGAUCAUGUUGACCCUGGAAAAGUCAACGUUACGGUCAACGGGCAUCCGUUGCCUGAUCGGGUGGUCAAGAAAGCUGAAAAGAUUUCUGGACCGAUACAACCAGGGGAUUACUGGUAUGAUUCCAGAGCUGGAUUCUGGGGCAUGAUGGGUGGCCCAUGUCGUGGCAUAAUUCCGCCAUAUAUCGAAGAAUUCAAUUACAUGAUGCCUGAAAAGUGUGCUGAUGGGCAUACAGGUGUUUUUGUGAAUGGGCGGGAGUUGCAUGAAAGGGACUUGGAUUUGCUUGCAAGCAGAGGGCUGCCAACCGAUAGAGAUCGAUCCUACAUAAUUGAGAUAUCUGGGAGAGUGUUUCAGGAAGGAUCCGGUAGCGAGCUUCAAUGUCUCGGAAAACUUGCCCCUACAGUUGAGAACAAAAAGCAUGGAUUUGGGAUGAAACCCCCGAAAAUGACGGAUUAAUGACGGAUUUAUGGAAGUUCAAUUGUUGCACUCCAAGAAAAUCUUGAAUUCGUGUUAUCGUUUCAAAUUUACUAAUUGUUCAUAUAUUGUUAAUUAAAUUAAUCCUGUUAGCUAGCAUGUGCCAAUUUUGUCGGAUAAAUAGGUGAUUUAUUUUCAAAAUAUGUCCAUCAUUAAUCACCUUAGUAACAAAUGUAACUCAUAACUACCCAUCUAUGCAUUAAUCAAUUA